UCGGGUCGGGCAGGGGACGCUGAUGUUUGUUGCAGAAGCAGAAAAGCUCCGUAAAAACAUUGGACUAUUAGAAAAUAUUUAAAAUAUCGGCGAGUCCGUUUGUGCUUCCGAGUCGCUGUCCUUCCACGCAGCAUUCACGCAAAACUAAAGUGCGGACCGCAGGAUGAACGGAGAUUCCGGCGCCGGGGUGGUGGCGGCCACCCCACCCACACACCCGCCCCAUAAAGAGCGCUACUUCGACCGGGUGGACGAGACCAGUGCCGAGUACCAGAGAGAGAGGAACAUGGCACCCGACCUCCGGCAGGACUUUAACAUGAUGGAGCAGAGGAAGAGAGUGUCCAUGAUCCUGCAGAGCCCGGCUUUCUGUGAGGAGCUGGAGACUCUGAUCCACGAUCAGAUGAAGAAAGGGAAGACCCCCACCAGCCUGCUGGCCCUGCAGCAGAUCGCCGACUUCAUGACCACACCCACCAUGUACCCCGCUGCCCCGCAGGGAGGCAUGGCAGCGCUCAAUAUGAGUCUGGGUAUGGUGACUCCAGUGAACGAUCUCCGAGGUUCAGACUCCAUCGCCUAUGAGAAAGGAGAGAAGCUGCUGCGCUGUAAGCUCGCUGCAUUUUACCGUCUGGCGGACCUGUUUGGUUGGUCUCAGCUUAUCUACAAUCACUUAACUGUCAGACUGAACUCUGAACAAGAACGCUUUCUGAUUGUCCCAUUUGGACUUCUGUACAGCGAAGUCUCCGCCUCCAGCCUGGUGAAGAUCAACCUGCAGGGUGAGAUCGUGGACCGAGGCAGCACUAACCUGGGCGUGAACCAGGCCGGAUUCACCCUGCACUCUGCCAUAUACGCAGCCCGACCUGACAUCAAGUGCAUCGUGCACAUCCACACUCCUGCUGGCGCAGCGGUUUCGGCUAUGAAGUGUGGCCUCCUGCCCAUUUCUCCUGAGGCUCUGUCUCUGGGCGAGGUGGCCUACCAUGACUACCAUGGCAUUCUGGUGGACGACGAAGAGAAGAUCCUUAUACAGAAGAACCUCGGCCCGAAGAGCAAGGUGCUGAUUCUGAGGAACCAUGGUCUGGUGUCAGUAGGGGAAACUGUAGAAGAGGCUUUUUACUACAUCCACAACCUGGUCACAGCCUGCGAGAUUCAGGUCCGUACCCUCGCGAGUGCAGGUGGCCCUGAUAACCUGGUCAUGUUGGACCCAUUGAAGUACAAAGUGCGUCCUCGUCACCCAGAGCCCGCUGGCGAUGGACCGAGUCCGCAUCCCAAGUGGCAGGUCGGGGAGCAGGAGUUCGAAGCCCUCAUGCGGAUGCUGGAUAAUUUGGGCUACAGGACCGGCUACCCGUACCGCUGCCCGGCUCUGCGCGACAAAGCUAAAAAGUACAGCGACGUAGAGAUCCCGCCGUCCGCCACGGGCUACUCAUACGCCGAGGACAGCGACUCGGGCGCUCGCUCUCCGCUGAAGCACAGCUUCCAGCGGGGACAGCGCGACAAGACCCGCUGGUUGAACACCGGCCGGCCGGAUGAAACCCCCGAUGAGAGCCUGGAGGGCAGCGGCAGCCCCAAGGCGAAGACUAAGUGGACGAAGGAGGAGAGCAUUCGACAAGCUGCUGUGGCCAAUCAGUUCGUUCCUCUCAACACAAAUCCUAAGGAGGUCCAGGAAAUGCGCAACAAGAUCCGUGAGCAGAACCUGCAGGACAUCAAGACAGCAGGACCUCAGUCUCAGUUGCUCAUGGGGGCCGUGGUAGAACGCUCCUUUGUCCAGGGGGAGCUAGUGACAGCCUCUAAAGCUAUUAUAGAGAAGGAGUACCAGCCUCGCGUGAUCGUCACCAAGACUGGACCGAAUCCAUUCAAUAAACUCACCGACCAGGAGCUGGAGGAGUACCGUAAAGAAGUGGAGCUCAAACAGAAAGGACCAGAAGUACAGGUUGAUGCGUCUGGCAGCUCAUUGGUUUCAGAUUCAGGAGGAGUCUCCACUCCUCCUGGCUCCUCAAAUCACAAUUUGGGGGAGAAUCAGCUCUUGGCAGCUCCUCCUCCUUCUUCUGCUGCUGCUGCCCCAGGCCGAAGUACAGAACCUGAGGCAGGAUCAGGAAGGGUCAGUCCCUCUGGUCCUUCGGCGUCACCGCACAAGGAUUUUCACUGUGCUGUGCUGAAAGCCCUCAGUGUCACCACAGACUUGUCUGAGCAUGAUCAGCCUGAACAAGACAGCCAAGCUGAAGAUCAACCACAGGAGACGGACGAGGUGGGGAAAGGUCCGAGCCCGACCUCUACCCCCCCAAGCACCCCGAUUAGACUAGAAGAAGAACGACAACAGGAGCAGAGCCCUAAAGACGAAAGCGACGCCGCCACUUUAAGACAGACCCUCCCCGACCUGACCCCGGACGAGCCUUCGGAAGCCGCCGCCACUGCCCUCCCUGCAGAAGACCCCGCCCCCUCCGAGCCAGACCCUGCCCCAGCUCACAUAGACGGGGAAGAGCCUGUUGCCACUGACGACGCCACCGGCGACCAGGGCAGCGACGAAUCCCCCAACAAAUCCCCUUCGAAAAAGAAGAAAAAAUUCCGCACGCCAUCGUUUCUAAAGAAAAACAAAAAGAAGUCCGAGACCUAGAGAGGAAACUCCUAGGAUAACUAACCACGUGCAUCUGGUUCUUUUUCUGGUUUUUAUUAUUAUUUUUUAAAAAUCUUUUAGCUAAUCUUGUCUUCACCUGUAGCUUGUGAAUGUCGCCUUUUUUUUUUUGUUUUUGUUUUUUUAAACGUAAUCUUUUCUUUUUUCUUUUUUUUUUUUAAUUAACAGUUAGUCCGGUAAAAUGUGUCGUGUGGCUUUAUUACGCAUGUGUGUCUCAGCCCACGUUUUAGCAGAUUUAUUUUAACUCCCUGCUUUUGUAAGAAAAGAAAAUAAUAAAUUACCAAGCUUAAUUAACCACUAGAAUGUAUUUGGAUUGUAUCGAAAUGUAUUCAAAGUGUCUUUAAAAAAGGAAUGCGAAAAAAAACUGGUUAAAUCUAGUUUAAAGAAAAAUAAAUAAAUAAAUAAAGCAGCACGGUGCUAAAAUGCCUAUCUUGUUGAUUUGCAGUAAAUUUGGUCAUCUUUAUAAGCAGGUGACUGGCUAACUGGCUAUAGCUGAUUGUAAUCUACUACAGUAUUGUAAUCGAUCUUUAACCAGAGACGCCACAUUCAUAACAUUUCGUAACCUUUGCAUCAAACGGAAAAACGUUGAGGCUCGGCCUAGGGGAACAUGAAUGUUUUUGAAAUGAAAUAAAUAAAUAAAUAACGUCGAAAACUAGUCUCCAUAGUUUAGCUAAUUGAAAAUCGACGACGUGUGUGUAAUUGUACCUAAAAAUGUAUAUACCACGACAAAUAUUCACACUUUUCUCAUUAUCGUAGUUUAAUUUCGUAACGUUUGAAGUUUAUAUGGUUUUCAUUUUUAUAUUUAAUAAAAGAAAUCUUCCCUUAAGCUGUUGAUUUUACUAAAAUAUCUUGCACCCCAAAUCAUCUUUGACUUAUUCCUCAUGACGUUCUAUUACAUUUCCUCAAAUUAUCCCACAAAGGCUCUUUUUUUUUCUUCUUUUUUUCUUCUUCUUCCUUGAUCACAUCUACAUAAAGUGUAUAAAAUUUCAAACAUCUGUAUCAUUCUGUAAUUAAUUUCCACUGUACUACAAGAUGAAGACCUUUUUGGCUUUAUAACUGGCCUUGUACGUACUUGCGUUAGCUUAGCUAGAUGUAAAUGUGCUACUCCUGGAGUUAGGGUAAUUUCCCCUGUCAUAAAAUAUAAAGCGGUAAAAAUUUCGUAGCGUAAACGAAACGUUGUAUCGAGUGAAGGACGAUGUUUUGGGAUUAACCAUCCUUACUAAAGAUCACGUAAAGACACUUGGGUUAAAAUCAGGACU